UGGUUAGGAGGCGCGCAGUAACUGUUUGAGGGGUGCGAUCUUCUGUGUACGGACGCUGAGAAUUGUGACUUAUGGCUGUCCCAGGUGUAAACAAGGAUAAUAUCAGAGCAGGAUGUAAGAAGUGUGGCUAUCCUGGCCACCUAACGUUUGAAUGUAGAAACUUCCUACGUGUGGAUCCACAGAGGGACAUCGUACUGGAUGUCAGCAGUACCAGCACCGAAGACAGUGAAGAUGAGAGUGAAGAAGUCGCUCGGGCCCCUGCAGACAAGAAAAAUGUCACAGACACCGGAAAGAAAAAGCUGAAAAGGAAAAAAGAGAAAAAGUUAAAGAAACACAGAAAACGAUUGCAUUCGUCAAGUGAAUCUGAUGACAACUCCAAAGCAAAAAAACGAAAAAGCCAAAAAAAAGAAAAAAGAGUGAAGCACAAAGCAAAAAAGGGGAAGCAGCACAAAAAAGAUAAGAGGAAAGAAAAACGUGAGCGAAAGUCAUCAUCAUCAUCUUCAUCAUCCAGCAGCUCCCAGUCAUCCAGCAGCGACUGAGAAGUCCCGUUAUACCUGGCACACUGUACAGAAUACAUUUAUGUUUCCUUCAUGCCAUUCUGCCUCUGUUUUAGUACUUUAUUUUAUAACCCAGCCAAUAAUGGUGCAAAGCAAGACAUGCAUUUUAUUUUACGUGGGUAACUAUCAGAUUGAUUAGGCAACCUAUUACCCCCCAAAAUUCCAGCUUUCUGUAAAUGAUAACAAAUGUAAUUCAUGAAACUAACGUAACAUUUUUGAGAACUGUGAUUUUCCGUUUCAUGCUGAUAAACUGCAGUCAGGGCCUGAACCAGGGGGGAGGUAGUUGCUAGGGCACUACUUCAAAUAAAAAGAAACUGAGUGUACCCCCCUGCCCUGACUCUGCCUUUGCUGACAUUUGCUAAUAGGCAAUCGGAGCAGCCCAUUGGUGAGCGAGGGGGGAGGGGUAAGAAGUGAAAGGCCUUGGGCACCAGUACCUUUUGGUCCAGCCCUGAGUGCAGCUAAGGGCAUCUUUAUAAAGGUGUGUAAUAUAUGUUAUGACAAAAAUAUAUAUAUAUACAUUUAUAUACUGCUUAAUACAAUCAUAAAAUUAAUGCUUAUAUAACGCUAAUCAGCAAGUUGAUAAACCUUAUGUUGUUCAUUUUUCACCACACUAAUGCCAAAAUGAUUUGAAACCAUUUGAAACUCUGCAUAACCCACUAAAGUCAUGGUAUAAAUUCAGGCACCAGAAAAUUGGUGUGAAAAUUGGUUUAAAGCAGAAGCUGACCUUUAAAUUAACUUCUAGUAUGUUAUGGCUGAUUCCUAACAAUCAAUCGGUCUCCAUUUUAUAGUUUUUGAAUUAUUUUGACUCCUUCCAGCAGCCAAAAAAAUUAUUGCUCAGUGAAGCUUGUUAUUGCUAUUUUAUAUUGCCUUUUCUACCCAGGCCCUUCUCUAUUCAUAUUCCUGUCUCUCAUUUAAACAACUGCCUGGUUGCUAGGGUAAUUUAGACCCGAGCAACCAGAUAGCUACUGAAAUUCCAAACUGGAGAGCAGCUAAACAAAAAGCUAAAUAAUGAAAAACCUGCAAAUAACACAAAAUAAGGACCAAUUGCAAACUGUCUCAUAAUACCAAAUUCUAAGUUAAUUUUAAGGUGAACAAUCCCUAGCAGCACUGGACCCUUAGCUACAAUAAUAUAGAAAAUAUACAUUUACAACCUGCUCUCAAAUAAAGCCGUUUGUUAUGGCCUGAAUACAUUUGCUUUAGUUGCUUUCUAGUGUUAUUAAAGCCAUUCACUAUGUAUGUACAUGAGCGAGUGCAUUAAUGCAUAAUCAUUACCAUUCCUGGAUCUAUUUCCUAAUUAGUACUCGAAAUCUAUCCUAUCAAGCAAUGUUAAUGAUGCUCAUUUGCCCAUAUGCCUGAGAAAUUGGGAGCCUUAUUUACAUUGCACCCAUUGGGAGAAUCUGAAGGCAAAUGAACGGAAUGGGUAUAAGAACAGUAAUGGUGAUUAUUAUCCCUUUCCUUCCAUUUGGGAAAGUAAAUUGAUAUGGUGGGAAAAUGCAGAAAGCAACUCUAGGGUAAUGAAAGUAUUAAUUAUAUUUAAAUGUAAAUGUUGUCGUUUGUAACCAAGACACCUGGUUUCCCUUUUCCACAGUAGGGACACAAUGUCUGUUCCUUUCCCUCCGAUGAUGAUCAGUGGCAUGUAUUUGCUUUUUAAACAGUGCUAAUCAAAUCUGAAGUGGCUAUGCAUUUUGGUACAGUUUUAUUAAAAGUAUUUUUCUUAUUCCUUGCAGUAGGCAAUGUUUUAUUGUUAUAAUAAACCAGGCAUUGUGUAUGUACUGCGUAGAUAUGUGUUCCCAUAUUGUCUUUUUUUUUUUUUUGCUAAUAAAAGCAUUAUCGUUCUUUGCGUUAA